CCAACCACCUUCCAAAUGUCUUUAGUUCCUUUCUUUAUUUACUUUCACAGCUUAAGCAUCCUCUUCCAACUCUCUCUAUAUAAAUCUUCCUAAACCCUCCCCAUUUUCUGCGAGUACUGCCCACUUCUUUUAUCUCCACAAAAAAAAAAAACACAAUUCUCAGGCUCAAAUGGCUUCAUCUUCUCUUGCAAUUUCUCCAAGAAAGCUUCGAUCAGAUCUAUACGCCUAUUCUUACCAGAAUGACUCGAAUACCCCAUUAGUCAUAUCUGUUCUUUCUUCCCUGAUUGAGAGAACCAUGGCUAGGAAUGAAAGAAUUGCGAGAAGCUGCAGUUGGGCAUUAUCAAAAGAUAUUAGAAGUGGAGUGUUUGAUUGCUAUGAGACUCCAGACAUGACAAUUCAAUCUUAUCUUGAAAGAAUUUUCCGAUACACUAAAGCUGGACCCUCUGUUUAUGUUGUUGCUUAUGUUUACAUUGAUCGGUUUUGCCAAGCCAAUCCUGGAUUUAGAAUCAACGCCAGAAAUGUACAUAGGCUUCUCAUCACAACAAUCAUGGUCGCUUCUAAAUAUGUAGAGGACAUGAAUUAUAGGAAUUCUUAUUUCGCAAGAGUUGGAGGAUUAAAUACGAAGGAGCUGAAUAAAUUGGAGGUUGAAUUUUUAUUCUUGAUGGGUUUCAAAUUGCAUGUGAAUGUGAGUGUUUUUGAGAGCUAUUGUUGCCAUUUAGAAAGAGAAGUGAGUAUUGGAGGAGGCUAUCAUAUAGAGAAAACUUUGAGAUGUGCAGAGGAAAUCAAAUCAAGGCAAAACGAACACAAAAGAUAUAUCAAUCAAAUUGCAAGAAUUAUGUUGUAGACUAUAAUUCUCUUUUUUUUAAUUUUGCCUGUCGUUUUAGGAGAAUGGGUAAUUCUUAUGUACAGUACAGAUUGAAAUGUAUAAAUAUGUGUGAUGGUUUCCUGGGAUUUUAGGCUUUGCUCAAACCAGCGAUGUAUAACUAUUCGGGUUCUUACUUUUCACAGAAGGAAAUGUUUCACCUGUUAGGAAUUGUGGCUUUUA